UUCCCUAGCCGCCACCAGCCAUACUCCUUGCCUUCUUCCUCGCUGCUCACGGCAGCAGCAGCCAGCGCAGGAGCAGGGCCUCCAUGGCACCACCCCACGGCGUCCUCCAUUUCCCUCCCCACUGUUUCUUCCCUCUGUUCCUUUGUGUGCGCAGGGACCUCCCAUGGUCGUCGAGCUCCCAACCAUAGUGCCCCUCUCCUUCCUUCCCCCAUCCACGCUUGAUCUAUGGCGCUCUUCUCCCUGGGUGUCCGGGCGCGCCCCCACCUUCCCUGGCCGCGCCCAAGGUCGACGCCCGACCUCUCCCCCCCAUGGCUGUGGUCCCUAUUCUCCAUGCCGCUGGGCUACAGGAAGCCGCGUCCUUCUUCUCUGCGCAGGGCGCCCUUGCGUCCCCUGCUCUAGCGAGCUCCCUUCCCUGCUCCAUGGCCGAGCUCGCCCAGCAGCCAUGGCGCCCAAGCUCUCUGCUCCCAUCUCCUCCCUGGCGCAGUGGGAGAAGCUCCCAUGGGCGCCACCCCCUGCAGCUUCCCCUUGCCGGCGCCCAACAGCAGCACAUCACCCUCCUCUUUCUCUGGUCUUUCCAUGGCCGAGCCCCCUCUCCCAGCCAGCGCCCUCCCCAAGUGCAGGUGUCCCUCUCCCAUGCAUGCCUGCAGCAAGGAGCUCCCUCCCCAGAGCCAUCCCAUACUCCUCAACCCCGCCAAACGACAAUAGUGUACUCCCUGCGCUGUCGUGCUUGCGCCGUGUUUGACAAAAUGCCAAAGCCGCAGCAGCAGCGACGCCCCCCGCUGCGUUGCGCCCGCCAGGUCGGGCCACUCGCCGUCGAUCUGCGCAGCCCCCGCGCAUCGUCGUCGAAACCCGUGCUAGCCGUCAAUGCCAGUCGUCGCGCACGCGUGUUCGAUACAAGACCGGUCGGGUGCACCACGUGCUUGCACAACUCAAUCCGAUCCCGUUCAGGUUGAUUGAUUUAUAGUUUACAUUAUGUAUGAUUUGGUUGAUGUCAGGCAGUGCAUGUAUAUGUGUGGAUGUGUGUGAAGCAUUCGAUUAUGCGCAUUGGUAGGAUCGCGUUUGCGAUUAAAGAACAAGCGGUUGUUGAUGUGUGCGAUUUGUAGUUUGUAUAAUUAUAUUUUGGUCGAUGUGGUGUACAUUGGUGUUGGAAUGUG